CAAAGCAAAGCAAAGCAAAGCAAAGACAAGCGUCUCAGCCAAAAACACACCGAGAAAUUUCCCCGCCUAGGUCCAUCCCUCCCAGACUCUCAUUUUAGCCAUGGCCGACGUUCCGCUCGUUGUUAUCUCAGAAUUCGCGCAGUCAGAGCGCCGCAUUACACCGUCAUGGUCCAUCUCCCAACUCAAGGGCAAGCUUGAGACUGUCACUGGUGUUCCGCCCUCUUGCCAACGGCUCUCCCUCAAGCCCACAGCUGGCGCAGAGGCCAUCGCUAUCGAGGCGCCUAACGAGGACGACACCCACUUGUCCAACUUUCCCCUGGCCCCGUAUGCAGAGCUUCAUUACGUCGGUGAGUCAAAGGAGAUCCCCGGCGGUCUCGGGUCAUGGGUGGGAGUCCAGUUCGAUGAGCCCGUUGGCAAGAAUGAUGGUAGCAUCGCUGGUACUCGAUACUGGGGUGAGCCCUCUGAGCUCAAGCAUGGCGUCUUUGUAAGGCCAGAGCGGGUUGAGGUGGGCGAUUUUCCUGCUCUAGACGACUUGGAAGAUAUGGAGGAGAUUUAG